CAGUAUAAAUCCUUAUAAUUAGUACUGGGAAUUUUGCUUCACAUAUUGGAUUGAUUCAAGACCAAGAAAACUUAGCAUCACAAGGAAGAGUUAUGCAUGGCUUCUUUGUGGUGCAAGAAGUCUCCAGAUUGCAGUAAAAUUCGUGGAUACAUCCUGCUUUUUGUAAUAGUGGUGAGUCUAGCAACAGCCAUCGGAUGUUCUCUCUGGUUGUUAGGCAACUAUGUGGAUUCAAAGUCCGGCCCAGGAACAGACCCCCUUGUGCUUCGUUUGGAUGCAUUUUCUCUAUUGAAUUUCGAGGUUUCGAAUUCGUCAUUCUCAGCUGAAUGGGAGGCCAAGUUGACAUUUGGGAACCAAAACGGUGGCCUAACUGUUACCCUCAACCCCUUUGAGAGUUAUGUGUACUAUAAAGAACGUGAGGCUCUAUCAUGUGCUUCUGUGGAUGCAAUGCUGCAUGUUCCUCCAAGGAAACAGAAAACUCUGCAGAUCAAAUUUGAUCCAUCAAGUUGCGGAGGAGAACAGCCGUAUGUGGAGGAUCGAGUGAUGAAGGAGUUGAGUGAAGAUCGAAAGAGUGGUCACCUUAGCUUUAGUUUGAAAAUGCGCAUAGAUGCUUCUUAUAGUAUGAGGGAGCUUUUGGGAAUGGGAACCCAAGUGACGUUAAAUCCUAACUGUUCAGGGUUGAAGGUUCAGUUUGAGGGUGCAAAAGGGGAGGGGAAGAUAAAUGGGGGCCGCAAGUGCACCAUUCCAUUACCUAAAUGAUCAUGCAGUUCUUACCGCAGAUAAGGGCCGACUCUGAAAUUUUAAGGGAUUAUAGCAGGCAAAGAUAAGCUCAUGAAAUGCGACUAAUGUAAAUUUCGUAUAAAUAAGUUGUUUAUUUCAAAAAAUUUAGUCCUUUUUACUUGGGCCAGAGCACUUGA